CUUCAAUGUUUGUCUACACGGUUGAUCGAGUCUUGAAUGUUAUUUAAAAUCAACUAAUCGAAUAUUUUCAUUUAAUUUAAGAAUUAUAAAAAAAACUGCUUAGAGAUUUAAUAAAAAUAAGCGAUAAUAAAUGAACAACUCAUGCUGUAUUAUUACGGAGUAUGAUAACGUUUUGACCUCAUUACUAUCGGUUUUAAAAGCUGAUGAAAACUUACAUAUUUUAGUUCUCACUUGUCGUUUAACCGUUGUAAGUUUAAUUGUUUAAAAUUAAACCGGUCUCAGGAAAAUAUGGAUAACUAUACAUCAGAUAGUAGUGAUAGUGAACAGGGUAUUAAAGUGAUCGAUUAUGCAUAUCUACUUUUGAAUGCCGAAGAAACAGAUAAAAAACUCCAAGAGUAUUUCGACGAAAAAAAAUCGUUUUUGCUAGUAGAAAAGCAAAUUUUGCACCACAAUCAACUACCGACUCUACCAGAAGCCAUAUUCAAGUUCUCAAACACCAGAAUUCUAGACAUCAGCAACACCGGCAUCACAACUUUGCCGGAUGUAUUCAAAUAUCUGCCGAACAUAACCAGUUUGAUAGCGAAAAAUAAUUUAAUAACUUCUAAAUCUUUGCCGAAAACUUUUUCAAAGACUACGACGUUAAAGGAAUUGAAUUUGAGUGGGAAUAUGCUUUGUCAUUUUCCGGAACAAAUUUUGGAGUUUGCGGCCUUGAGGUUUUUGUAUUUGGGUGGUAACGGUAUGUUGGAAAUAUCGAAGAAUAUUUGGAGAUUACAAAAUUUACAAAUGUUGUCUUUUGGCGGCAAUAAACUGACUGAAGUUCCAUCCGCAUUGGGAUGGUUGGAACACUUGCAAGCCCUAGUAUUAUGCGACAACGAAAUCGAAAGCCUGCCCGCCAAUAUAGCCAAUUUACGUAAAUUGAAAUCACUGUUUCUGCACAAAAACAAACUCAGGACGCUGCCGCCCGAAUUAGUGGCACUUAGAAAUUUAAACGAGUUAAGUUUACGUGAUAACCCUUUGGUCGUGAGGUUCGUUAGUGAAAUGAGUUAUAAUCCUGCUAGUUUAUUAGAAUUAUCUGCAAGAAGUGUUAAAUUAUAUAAUAUAUUUUAUGAGCCAGACGACAUUCCACAUACUUUACGUAAUUACAUCAAUACGGCCCAUCACUGCGUCAAUCCACAUUGUAAAGGUGUAUAUUUCGACAACAGAGUGGAGCAUAUUAAAUUCGUGGACUUUUGCGGAAAAUACAGAAUACCAUUAUUGCAAUAUUUGUGUUCAACGAAGUGCGCUAGUACUGCUAGUACGAGAGAUUGUAAAGAAGAUGUCAACGAAAGAUCGUCACAAUCAUAUAUGAUGAAAAAAGUUCUGUUGGGUUAGCCCAAUAAAAAAUGUAUAUAUUUGAAUAAAAUAUGUUUUUUUAUUUUAAGAUUAUUACUAAAUAACCUAAAAACCAUUUGUUGGUAUUAAAACAUGAUAAAAAAGAAAGGUGAAAAUACUGAAAAAUUAAAUUUAGAGAAAUAAUGUAUGUGACAAAAAUUAUAGAGAAUGGCAUAACAAACA